GAUCUACUUCGGCUGUUAACGCUGUCGCUGCGUUGCGUGGUCCGUGCGUACUCGUGCGCAACAAGCCAAUAUUUUGCAAUAAAACGAAUUAAUUCCAGGAAAACCCGCGAUUACCGGUUGUGAUUUGUGAAUAAACUGGAUUAAAAACAUUGGAGUGCAGUGAGUGUUGUUUUUGGACGGACCUUUGUCUAUACGCAGAAUGACAUUAAGCUAAAAUCAAGAUGGGCACAGCUACAAUGUUACACACAACUCCGAUGGAGAAGGAGAAGAAGCCCAACUUGUUCAAACUCGUCCGAACACUCUUUCAAAAGAAAACCCAAAAACAUGAAGAGAAACAGGAAGAGAAAAGAGAACCAAAACCAAAGACAACGCUCAAAGUCACCCCAGUCGCAACUCUGCUAGAAGAGUUUCAGAAAAUAUCUAUAAAAGAAAAAGAAAACAUCAACGAAGAAGAUAAAAACGAAUUGAACAAAUUUACAUACACACGAGACAGAAAAGAUAGCGAAGAUGACAAUAAAGAAUUCGAAAGAAUCGAACCCCGUAACGAUAGAGUCGGUUCACAUUCCUCACAAGACAGUGGCUAUUCUGAACAGGGUGAUCAAAAUGCAAAAGAAAACGACCAAGAUGAAAAAGAAACGGAUGAAAAAGACAGUGACGAUGUGGUUAAGAAGAUGGAAGCCUUGAAGAUUGGGAAGAAGAAGCUGCAGACGGUGUUCUUGCCAAGAGCGCCGAUAAAGACGAACAGGGAGGUGCCUGUCAUGCAUCCUUAUAGCAGGGACGUGGAGAAAUACAAAGAGGUGGUCAACACAAACACAUUCUCCGGCGGCCAAGUCUUCGUCAAACCCAACACGGACCUCGCAGAGAUCUCCCGCGCCAUCUCCACCAUCGAAACUAACGUCCAGAACUUCCCACUCAAUAACGACCAGCGGGACUUCCUCCUAGAAACCGGCUUAGACUUCGUUACUCAAGAAAUCAGUCCGCAAAAAGAGUCUGAACUGCCUGAGGAAAUUCAUUUCUGCAUCGAUGAACUAAACAUGCUGAACGACACGCUAGCGUUCAGAGAGUACACAGAUGUCUCUAACACCAUUCUCAAUUUCGAUUUAGAGAACUAUCAGAUCACAAAUCAGGAGCCCCAAGCUCAUACUUUCCCUACUCCGCCUUACUCUGAGAACGCUUUAAGCCCUCUAUCUCUAAACUUAGGCUCACCUCCGCUAACAUCUCCAGCAUAUUCAUCAUCGCCUGGUAGAUCGCCGAACUAUAAUGACUUGGAAAGAUACCAGGAGAUAUCCGAGGCGUAUCAAGAGCUCCCAAACUUUGAGAGUAUAGAAAAACCUGUUCUAGAGAAGAAGAAAUCCAAUCCAACAUCAAUAAUGUCGAUGAAGCAAUAUAAAGAUCUUCAGAAGGAGUUGUCGGCUGGGUUCUCAAAGUUUGAGUGCUGCAUGAUGACCCGGAAGGCGUGUAAGGAAAUUUUCGAAGAGCACGCGAAGAAGCUAAGGAUUGAAGAGCGGAAGGGGUUGUGCGUGAAGUUAGCGCGCUUGGAUACACAGACGGCGUACGGAGUCCUCCAACGAGUGUUGCUAAGUCUGUCGACAGACGGCAAGCAGGAAGACUUGCAGUGCGUCCUAUUCAGUCUGUUAUGCGAGAGAGUCCUGGCUCUGCGACCUGAGCUGUUCUUGGGAGACUUCGGUCUUGGUCUAUUGAAAUCCGCGGCUCUUCGCUGCCCUGGGAGGCCUAUAUUCACGCGCUAUUUGGUGCAGUGCGUGAGGACCGCUCUGCAACUCAACCCCUCCUACAUGGAGGGGCGGGAGAGCGUAUUCCAUGAGACGGAUGCGCUGGGCGACACACUCGUUACCGCCUGCGCUCGCGCCGGGGACACAUAUGCCGAUGUACUCAACGAGCUAGUGUGCGAUCCCCCAAACUCCAGACAAGGCCACGCUAACACUGAAGUACCGCCGCCCCUCUUCAGACAAGGCCACGCUAACACUGAAGGAUACACGGCACUGCACGUGGCGUGCAAACUGCACAGCAAAGAGAAUCCACAUCUACGCAUCGUGCACGUUCUCUUGCGACACGGCAAGGCGGACUUAUGGGCUGGGGACGUGAAGGGCGGGGACACGGCGCUGCACCUGGCCGUCAACUCCUCCACCUGCGAGCUGCGGCUCGUCAUGACGCUGUUCCAACACUUGGACCGCGCCAAGUGGAAGCAGCUGGCCCACGUGUCCAACCGCAGCUCGGUGACGCCCAUCGAGUACGCGCGCUCCCAGAGCAAGUCCAUCAGCCGCCCCUACCCGCCCGAGGUGCUCGACUUCCUCAAGAAAUGCCGUUGACCGUACAUAUAUACAUCGUAUGAAUGUCAUACAAACAUGAAAAGUCCUUUGGAUAGACUAUUUUUGGAUUUGAGAAUCCUUAACAAGGAAUCUCAAAUACCGGCCCGCAGAAACCGGGAAACCCUUAAUUAAACUUGUUACCUUACCACACUAGCUUAUUCUGAAGAGAUUUGAAAUAGAGGUGGAUUGUUAAAGAAAGCUUUGUAGGCACAGUAAAUUUACUGCCAUCUUUCGACACAUGAUUAAAACUUUUAGAGCGCCAUUUGACUUUGAUCCAUAUUAUUUUACUGAUAUGUGUUCAAUUUGUUAAAUAUCAAAAAGUGGCGCCAUCUUACCGGACAUAACCCAAAGGUUAUGGCGCCGUUCUUUAACAAUUAUUUUUUGUACGAGCUCACAUUGCCCACUGAUUUAACUUUGCUCACACUUCGUACCUAUCACAUUAGGUUAAUAUACAAAUAUAUUCUAAAAUGAUGAAAUAUUAAACUAAAAGUUGUAGUGUUUCUUAAAUAAUAAAAUAAGUGAAGUACAUUUUGCAAUUAAACUAUACUUACCUACAUUGAUUUCCUACUGUUUCCUGGUGGGCAAAGUUGACAUUACAUUUUUAUACGAAACACUAUGAAAUAUGUACCUUAUUUAGGUAAGGGUUUUAAGUUUCUUCUGUUUUUGUUGCCUGUAAAUGUUUUUGAAUGUCACGAAUAUUUUUUUUUAUCUUUUCUUAUCUUAAGUAAAGUGUUUACGAAGGACACGAUAAGAAGGUAUAAUAUAUCGCAAAUUAACAUUUAAGAUCAUGUGUUUCACAGCUUAAUUGUUCAGUGCCUUAUGCGAUAUAUAAUUAAGUUAUUAUUAAGUUUUAGUUAAGUAAACCAUGACAUAAGGCGAAACUUAUGAAAUUUUCAUGUCAUUCA